AUGACUCCUGCUUUUUCCCUUCUAGUGCUGACCAUCCUUGCCAUGUUCAGCUGGAGGUAUUCCCAGGCCUUCCCACUGGACACUGUCAACAGAGCAGCAGACUUUAUGGCAAAGCUGAGGCUGAUCUACCCCCACGCAGACACCCUCUGUGAGAAGGACUUUGAGUGGCUCUUUGACUGCCCUGAGACAAAGCAGUUCCUCGAGUGGUUCUGCAGCACGGUGGGUGAGGAGAACGUGCUGAGCCCAGCUGAGGUGGAGGCCUAUGAGGCCCUGCUGGCUGCAGGCAAACCCAUCCUGGAAGGUGAUGCCUUGGAGGAGGCCCUGCAGAUGUGCUGCCAGGUCCUGCAGCUCCCGAGCUCCAUAGUGGAUGAGGGGUCCUCUCAAGAGGCCCUGCAGCAGGAGCUUCAGGAGCUGAAGCACCACCGGGACCGCCAGCUCUGGAGGUACAGGAAGCUGCUGGCUUGGACAAAUAAGCUGCAGCACGAGAAGAAGUAUUUGGAGGAGGAAGAGAAAGUGGUGAAGCAGGAGUUGAGGGUGGCUCAUAUGGACUUGAAAGCAAAGAUCUUCAAAACCAGAGCUGUCCUGAGCCAGGUCAGUGAGGCUGCAAAGCAGCUGUCAGAGUGUCCUGAGAACAUGGAGAUGGGCCAGCUGCCAACACUGCUGUGCCAGAUGGAUCUUGCUCCUUACCUGGAGCAAGAACAACAGGCCACUGAUGCAUUUGAGAGCUUCAUCCAGCAGGUCCUACCAGAGAGUGUUCAGGCUCCAGAUGUUUGGGAAGCAAGUGCACGGGGAGAGAGCAGCCUGAAGGAAGGUCUGGAGGCUGAGACACAAAUGGACUCAUACUAUGAAAUACCAGAAGAAAGAAGAGGAACUCCUUAUGAAGAAUGCACAAAAACACUGUGUGGGGGGACACCAGCAAGCUGGGGAAAAUUGGUCCAAGGCUUAAAGUCAGAGCUCCUAGAAGAGGGAGGGAAUGAGAGAGACAAGUUAAGCAUGGAGAGUGAGAAGAGAGAUGGCAGUCAGGAAGUCACAGAGAGAAGGGACACCAAGAAAACAUCAACCCCAAAAAAUCUUGGGACUGAUGAAGAUGAACUGCUGGAGGACCAAGACAGCUUCUGGAAGGAGCUGAGCCAAAUAGAGACAGCUCAUAUCUGUGCCAGGAGGGAGGUUAUAGUCACAGCAGCGAAAGUGGAAGGUGCCCGUGCUGCGCUGGAGUGGGCCCAGAGGACUCUGGAAGCUCUUGAGGAUAACCAGCAGGCCGUGGAGGCCGAGCUGCAGAGCCAGGCUGCCGUGCUGCCCGGGCAGCUCCGCGCCCUGCGCUCCGACAUCGCGCACGCCCUGGCACAGCGGCUGCCGGCCCUGCUGCGGGCAGAGGCACGCCGCCUGCGCCUGCCCAUCCUGCACAGACACCUCAGCCUGCAAGUGGCCCGGCUCCAGGACACUGCCAGGAGGCAGGAGGAGGCGGCUGCGUGGCUGUUGAGCCAGCAGAGCCGUCUGGAGCUGCUGGAGCUCCAGCUGAAACGGGAGAGAAAGGAGCUGGAGCACAAGGCUGCUUGGCUGGAGAAGAUCGAAUCCGUCAUGAGGGAAUCCCAGACCAGGCUGCCCAAGCAGCAGAUCGACUUCAGAGGUGCCAGGCCCUCCCAGAAGGGUCAUCCACACAAAUGGAUAGACCCCAAAGACCUCACUGCUGUACGGCUCUGGGACAUGCUGAUGGGGAAGGAUCAGAAGAAGCAGCAGCCCUUCCGCAGCUAUGCAGCCUUGGCAGCCAAGUGCUCCCAGCUGGUUCAGGACAAGAGGGCACUGGAAGCCCAGCUGGAAGCUCCUCUGCCCCAGGUGUCUGCCCUGGAGUCCUCCAUGGAAGUGCUCUAUCACCAGCUGUACAGCAGCUCCAACCAGCUGCAGCUCUCCUCGCCGGAGAUCUCAGAGCUGAUGCAGCAGUUGAUCAUUGUGGAGGAUGACCUCUACCAAAAGCUGGCAGACCUCCUGAGUGACUUGGAGGUGAAGCGCAGGUCUCUGGAGGACCCCAUCCUGCAGGCAGAGCGCAGCCUUUAUGUGCAUUUUUACUGCAAUGAGGACAGGCUGAGGCAGGAGGUGGAGGAGCUGGAGAAGCAGGCAUCAGCCUCCUCCAAGGGACCCCCGAGGGAGCUGCCCUAUGGAAAGGAGUAG